GCUGCGGUCGUCUCUUGACGACAAAAAUAAAUUUGUUAACAUAGUUUUCUCUAAUUAAUUAUUUUUUAAUAAAAAUAGUGCAUGCUGCGUAUAAAUUUAAUUCAAUUCUUUAUUAAAUAGUUAAUGUGUUAAAAUAAAAAAAUGGACGCCGAAAAGAAAGAUUCUGAAGUGAGUGUGGACGAUAUUUUACAAAUAUUGGGACCUUUCGGAAGGUUUAAUGUUUAUAAUUAUAUGUUGAUUUUGUUCCCUGUUUUUCUCGCGGGCGUUUACUCUUCGGUUUUUAAUUUCGAAGCCAUGGAUUUAAAAUACAGAUGUGCCAUACCAGAAUGUGACGAUACCACUGCCGUAUCCAACUACACGAUACCGCAUCACGAUGAUGGGACAUACGCGAAGUGCGUGCGAUACGCGCCUUUCGCUAAUGUCAGCAACUUCGUUAACAACAGCAUAGGACGAUGUUCACCGCAUUAUUUCGAUACUUCCACUGAAAUAGAAUGCGAGUCCUAUGUCUACUUGGAGGAGCAUUCCAUUGUUAAAGAGUUCAAUCUCGCCUGCCAGGAUUGGAAGCGAUCACUCGUCGGUACCGUUCACAACGCUGGCUUCUUCCUGUCUAUACCGCUGACAGGUCUCAUAUCCGACAAGUAUGGCCGUCGGCUUGCGCUGGUCUUCGCUUGCGUGACUAGCGGCAUCUUUGGUGUGAUCAGAGCGUUCUCAUUGAACUACAACAUGUUUAUUGUACUCGAGUUUUUGGAGCCCGCGUUCGGAGGUGGCAUUUAUACAGCGUGUUUUGUCUUGGCAUUGGAACUAGUUGGACCAAAAGGCCGAGUGUUCAUCAGUCUACUCUUCAAUACAAUGUUCAUCCUCGGCGGAGUGACAGUCACCUUGCUGUUCUGGUGGCUGCAGAACUGGAGACAUCUUCUUCUGAUCAUUUAUACUCCAGCCAUCUUCGUCUUCGUAUACAUGUGGAUGUUGACAGAAAGUUUCCGAUGGUUCUUCAGCAAAGGUCGUUACGAAGAAGGUUUGAAUACAUUAAUAAGAUCGGAGAAAAUGAACAAUGUGACGGUCCCAAAAGACCAUUACAGCCAAGUGGAAAAGCACGCGAUGCAACAAAGAGAAGCAAAGAAAUUCGAAAGCAGAGAAAUCAAUCAAUCUUCUUUUAGUCAAAUUUUAUCUUCAGCCAUGAUUUGGAAGAGAGUUUUUAUUUGUUCUUUUCUAUGGACAUCUUCUACUUUAGUAUACUACGGACUUUCUAUUAAUGCUAUAGAGUUAUCUGGGAAUAGUUAUUUGAACUAUAUCGUUGUUAUAAUAAUAGAAGCGCCAGCAAACGUCUGUAAGUUAAUAUUCUUAGACAGAUUUGGAAGGAAGAGAGUCAUUGCCAUCGCUUAUAUUUUAACUGGAUUGAUUUUAAUUAACUAUGGAUUUCUUCCAGAUGGCAAUUGGUCUACUGUGUUUUAUCUGGGCGGGAAGUUUUUCAUAACACUCGCGUACAACUCGCUGUAUGUGUUCGCGGCUGAAGUAUUCCCUACCGACUACAGGACAACAUUACUAGCUGUGUGUUCUACUAUCGGGAAGAUUGGGUCCACUAUUGCACCACAAACUCCACUAUUGGCGAGAUUUUACGUCUACUUACCGACAAUAUUAUUCGGUUGCACGGCAACACUAUCUGGCUUCCUUGUAAUGACUCUACCUGAGACGAAUAAUCAGAAGUUACCAGACUCCUUAAAAGAAGCAAAAGAACAAGACAGAAGGAAAAAGAACCAAGAAGAAAGAACAGAGACAGAGACAAAGACUAAACUUUAA